GUGGGGUCCGGCCGUGCCGCUGGGGCCGCCGUGUCCCGCGGGGCUUGAGCUCGAGGCUGCUCUGCCUCGUGCAGUGGGAGCUGUGCGGGGCUGGGGCAGCGGGGCAGGGCUCCGGGCGGCUGGUAUCCCACCACUUCCUCGCGUAAACGCCCCCGCAGCUGCGGCCCCGCUUCCCCCGGCGGGACGCGGAGCGCGCUGCCAGCUGCGGCUGCUGCGGCCGUCGAGGAAUCGCUGCCCCAUCCGCCGUCCCGCAGUGCUACUGUUGGUUGAAGCUUUCACCUUUUGCUGAGAGGCCUGGAGGCAGACUUCUGUGUGUAACAAAUGGCGGCACAGUGUGUGACAAAGGUGGAGCUGACUAUUGCCUGCACCAAUCUCUUGGAUAAAGAUGUUGGUUCCAAGUCAGACCCUCUGUGUGUGCUUCUCCAGAACACAAGUGGUCAGCAGUGGUAUGAGGUUGAUCGCACAGAAAGAGUUAAGAAUUCCUUGAACCCAAAGUUUGCCAAGAAAUUCUUAAUUGAUUAUUAUUUUGAGCUUGUUCAGAAACUUAAGUUUGGAAUAUAUGACAUUGAUAACAAAACCUAUGAUCUGAGUGAUGAUGACUUCUUAGGAGAAUUAGAAUGUACGCUGGGACAGAUAGUUUCUAGCAGGACUCUAACAAAACCAUUAGUUCUUAAAAAUGGCAAACCUGCUGGAAGAGGAAGCAUUACGAUUACAGCAGAAGAAGUAAAGGAUAACAGGGUGGUUGUAUUGGAAUUAGAAGCAAGGAAACUGGACAAUAAGGAUUUUUUUGGAAAGUCAGAUCCUUAUCUGGAAUUCCACAAACAGACUGGAGAUGGAAACUGGGUGAUGGUUCACAGAACAGAGGUUAUUAAAAACAAUCUGAAUCCUGUUUGGAGGCCUUUUAAAAUCUCUCUCAAUUCUCUGUGUUAUAGUGACAUGGAUAAGCCAAUCAAGGUUGAGUGCUAUGACUAUGAUGGUGAUGGGUCUCAUGAUCUCAUAGGAAGUUUUCAAACAACGAUGUCACAACUGAAGGAAGCAUCUCGAUUGACACGUGUUGAAUUUGAGUGCAUCAAUGAAAAGAAAAGACAGAAGAAAAAGAACUAUAAAAACUCUGGCAUUGUGAGUGUUAAGCAUUGUGAGAUUAUUGUAGAAUGCACAUUCCUUGAUUACAUCAUGGGUGGAUGUCAGCUGAAUUUCACCGUGGGGAUAGAUUUUACAGGCUCCAAUGGAGACCCUCGCUCUCCGGACUCUCUGCAUUACCUCAGCCCUAAUGGAGUUAAUGAAUACCUAACAGCCAUUUGGUCUGUCGGGAUGGUCAUUCAGGAUUAUGAUACAGAUAAGAUGUUUCCAGCCUUUGGAUUUGGUGCACAAAUUCCUCCUUCCUUUCAGGUAUCCCAUGAGUUCCCAAUAAAUUUUAACCCUUCAAACCCAUUCUGUAAUGGAAUCCAAGGCAUUGUUGAUGCAUAUCGAGCCUGUCUUCCUCAAGUGAAAUUAUAUGGACCAACAAAUUUUUCUCCAAUUAUAAAUCAUGUGGCAAGAUUUGCGGCUGCAGCUACUCAGCAGCAAACAGCAUCUCAAUACUUCAUACUUCUGAUCAUAACGGAUGGUGUGAUAACAGACCUCGAUCAAACUCGAGCUGCCAUAGUUAAUGCUUCAAGGUUGCCCAUGUCCAUUAUCAUUGUUGGUGUGGGAGGAGCAGACUUUGAUGCCAUGGAGUUUCUUGAUGGUGACAAUGGAGUUCUUAGGUCCUCAUCAGGAGAGCCAGCUGUCAGAGACAUUGUCCAGUUUGUGCCAUUCAGGAAGUUCCAAAAUUCUCCCAAAGAAGCUCUGGCUCAGUGUGUCCUGGCAGAAGUCCCUCAGCAAGUGGUGAACUACUUCAGCAUGUACAAACUUGAGCCUCCUAAGAAUCUUGCUGCAAAAUGAAUGGGCUGAGCAGAGGAAAGACUUUGUGCUUGCUUUACUUGCUGUAUCUACAGACUUUGGUUCUCUGUAUACUUCUGUAUACGUGUACACAUGCCUCUGUAUCAUAAUGUCUGUUAGCUUUUGCCUACAAAUCACUUUGCCAAGUGUGCCUUUUAAGGGCCAAAAUUGUAAUGGUGUUUAAGUUUGAUGUUGAUUUGAGAGAUAAUGCUUACAUGGAUACAUUUGAUUUUGAAAAGAGUGUAAAAAAGAGUUUCUAUCAAGACGCCAUAACAAAAUUUUGAUACAGGUGUUUUGUAUUCAGACAAGUGCCAUAGAGUGUAAAGGCCCUCCUUGCACAGCUGCUUCUUGUUUGCCACUUCAGUGCCUUUGGGCAAUGCCUGGGAUUCAGGACUGUGUGAACAUAAGCCAAAGAUGUCAUUAAAGUAUAUAUUCUUUUGUAGUAUGCCUUCUCUUAAGGUAGUGUGGGAAUAACAAGGGUGAAUCAAGGUCAGCCUCUAACAUCUAAGAAUAGUACUACUGGCCUAUGAGGUAAAGGCUGUAAGAUGUGUUCCAAUGUGCAGUGUACUGGAAAAUGGAAAUUCGAGAUUUAUUUUGGUAGGGGUUCUCUUUUGGGGUUCCAUCCCCUCCACAAAAGAGUCGUGACUAUUGAUCUUCAAAGUGCUUUUUGUGAAGUAGGAAUUCGGUUUUUAGUUUACAAGUUUUCUCUGAUUUAGAACUGCAUAUUUUGAGGUAAAGUAAGUUCUUCAAAUUGCUGUUGUAUUUACUUUUGUCAUAUUUUGAAUCAUGCUGUUUUUCCAUAAGCCCACUAAUGAGAAGUGCCUGCAAAAAAAACUGAUAUUCCCUCUUUUUCUCCUUUUGGGAAGACACAAAAAAGUCAAGUCUCUCAAGCCCUAAUCCUGUAAUCAUACUGCAUUUCUCUAGGGCAAACAAUUUCUGAUUUAUUUACUUGGGUCAAGUUUUCCCUUCACCUUUUAUACUAAGUCUAAGUUAUGUGUUUGCUUAGUGGAUAAAUGAAGGUUUCUUGACCUCCAGCUGCAUACUGCUUGCUGAGGAUCUCUUCCGAUCCUUUAACUUUGUGUAACAUAAGUGGAUGGAAAGGUCACAUUUAUCACUUCUGAAAUGCCAAUCUUGAACAUUAAUUUUGCAGUUUCACCUUUGAAGUGGUUUUGAGUUAGGCAUCCAACUUAUCUCAUGUGGAUAGUCUGGCUGUAGUAUGUAAGAACAGAAUGGGCUACUGCUAAAUUUAGCACACUUGGACACUCAAGAUUUCACCAGGUCAUAGUGUAUUUGACUUUUAGUAGCUGGAGCUGCUUAGUGUGCUUUUUUUUUUUUUUUUUUUUUUUUUUUUUUUUUUUUUUUUUUUUUUUUUUUUUUUUUUUUUUUUUUUUUUUU